UAAACAUGAAUUAGAUGCUCUACUAUGUGAAUAAUCUCACUGAAACUAUCAAGUUCUACCACAGUCUUCCGAAAAACAACAGCAGACUUAUAAUCAUUAUUGAAACAGCUAACAGUUGCUGGGACAACCUGUGGAAGACUUACAAGAAGGAGCUCUGGGUUGAUGCCAUCACAGAGUACCGCUCAUCAGCAGAGGUGGUCGCAUGCCUGAAGAGCCAGGGUCUGAACUAUGAGGAGGACAUCAUUCACAACACCUUCGAUAUCACUGAGUGCUUCAAUCCAAGCAGCGCAACUGGAGAACAUCUGUUGAAUUUCAUGACAGCCAAAGAUCACUUCUACCAGUCCUACCCAGAUAUCGGAGCAGGCAUGUUAGACCUUAUCAGAGACAAGUGCAGUGCAGAAAAAGAUGGCAAGGUAUUCUUCAACAGCAAUGUGAACUGCAUACUCAUUUAUGCUUGA